AUGAGAAGCUUCGCCCUGUCGGUCUGGGCCGUCCUGUGGGUCCUGACUCCUGUGUGCUCGGGACGUCUCACGACCACUGAGAAACGCAUCCAAGACGCACGCAUGUUGGCCAGGAGCGCCAUCAUCCGCAUUCAGCAGCUCAACGGCCGGUUCAGACCCUCACCAAACAUAGAAAUCAGUGGACUUAAUUUGAUUCCAGCACCACUCAGAGACAGUGCCCAGGAGAACCUGGGGACCGUGCAUGGGGCGCUGAGCUGUUUUAUUGAGAGCCUCUCCGCUCUCCAGAUAAGUAACACUGGGCAGAUCCAAGCUGAUUUGAAGAACCUCAAAGUCCUGGUCAGAUCCUUGGCAACUUCACACAACUGCCUUGCCUCCAAGUGUGGAACAUCUCGACAACUGAAGAAUUUUCUACGGAGGAACUCUGCUUUUGUUCUCACCAUUAAACACAUUGUUCUGGACAGGCUCCAAAACUACCUCAGUAGGCUGCUCUGGGUAUUGGACAACCCUUUGAGCUGCAUGGGUCCACCCCUGAUUUGA